AUGGGUCGGCUCGCAGACCUGGUGUUGAGUGUGCCUGGUACUCGACCACUUGUAACCGCGCUGGCUCGUUGGUACCGUCGCGAGGUCGAGCAGGAGCUGCGCAAGUUCGGCCUGCGCUACGAUGACCUGCUUCUUGAGACGGAUCCUGAGGUGAGCGCCGCGCUUGAGCAGUUACCGCCCGCCGAACAGGAACUGCGCUGGAAACGCAUCAAACGAGCCCUUGACCUAUCGAUGAAGAAAACGUACUUGGCAGAGAAUAUUGCGCAACAGGAAGACGUGUGGAACCCUUACUUGCGUGAGCGCGUCUCCCUGAUAAAGCAGAAGAGGCAGGAGCUGAUUGAGUCCGGUGAAUAA